AUCUAUCAUAUUAUUACAUUUAGAUAGUUUAUAAUAAUCUGUAAAUUAAUUGAAAAUUAGGGAAGAAGUGUCCUGUUUUUAACUUGGAUGCGAAGCUGUGAAGCUAUUUAAAAAAUUUAGUGAACAUGCCUUAUAUUGAUCGGAGUAGUGUUAUUCACUUGAAAAUAAUGAAAAAAAUAGGAUUAUACCAAUACUUGAAUCCUAACAGCUACACGAUAUUUGGAUAUCCUUUGUUACAAUUUUUUGCUUUGAUUGAAAUUGCUGUUAUUAUUUUCGUAUUAAUAAUGAGUAUAUGGUCUUUAUUGAAUUGUGUGAAUGAUUUAUCAGCAACAGUUAAAUUUAGUAUGUGUUGUUUUGGUACUUUAAAUAUUGGUGUUAAAAUGUAUUACAUGUAUGGUAUGUCUGAUAAAGUAAAUGCAUGUAUGCAAUUUACUUGUAUCAAUUACAUGAAGUUUAAAGGUCAUAAAAAAAAUUUAUUAAUAAAAGGCAGAAGAAAAAUAGAAUAUAUCAUAAAUAUCAUUGCUUUGUAUUGGAGUAUCGCCGUGUUUUUUUGGAUUCUAUCUCCAGUAUUAUUUACAAAACGAACAGUCAUAAUAAACCUCAAUGGUCAAUUACAAAGUUACAAAUACAACAUAUUUAAUUUAAUAUUUUUAAAAUCGGAUAAAUUAUACAACAAGUAUUAUGACAUUUUUUGGUUGAUUGAAUCAUUUAUGAUGGUUGUGUGGUGUCAUGUGACAAUUAUGCACGGAGUUAUUUUUGCAUCAACGUGUGUAACAAUCAACUAUCAAUUAAAGACCAUUACUUUUUCAUAUUCACAAUUGGGAAAUAUCAAUAAAAAGAAUAAAAAUAUUGAAAAUGGUUUUGAUAAAGCAAAUAUUAAUACAUUAAUAGAAGAGGAAGCAAUAAAUAACCAUAAGCUUAUAAUUAAGGAUCAGACCCGAAUUUUAAGGUUCAUUCGUGAAGCGUAUGCAAUUUUUCGACCCAUAGCUUUCACACAACUGUGUUUAGAUUCGUCAUUAUUUAUAUCUAUAAUAUUCAUUGUUAUAGUGAAUGUUGCAAAAGGUCAAUCAAUUCUGACUUUCGAAAAUACUUUAUUUACUAUUUCUGCAUUGGCAAUCUUGAUAAAUUUAUUAGUUGCUUGCAUUUUGUUGCAAAUGAUAAGUGAUGAAAAAGAUGGAAUAAAUUUUGCUUUAUACAGUUGUAAUUGGACAUCAAUGAACAUGAAGUUUAAAAAAAUUUUACUACUCAGUAUGUGCGUAAAUAAUGCAGAAAAAACUAGAAUAAAUAUUACACACCAAAAAAGCAUGAAUGUUGAGCUUUUUGGAGGAGUACUUCAAAGAACUUAUACUAUUUUAUCUGUUUUAAUAAAAUGGGUAUUUUAACGUCAAAGGAUUUUUUUUUUUGUCAACAGUAGAGCAGUAAAUGCUUCAAAUUGAAAAAUAUUAAUAUUUUCUGUUUAUAAAUUUAAUAUAACUAGUUUUUCAACGCUAUUAUAUUUUUAUGAAAUAACUGAAUAUUUGCG